AUUUCUACGCGUCACCCAUUUUUAAAAAAGCAGAUGCGAGACAGGCGACUCCAUUGAACUGUCAACCAUUCACAUUACACUGCGCAGUGGUGAUAAAGCGUCAAAUAAUAUUAAAGUAGCAACUAUUCCGGCACUGAAAACGCCAGCUGUCAUUUUCGCUCCCAUGGAGGAGGUAGGAGGAGAAAGACGAGGGAACGCGACCCCUUCCGGUGCGGCAGCAUGAUAAGGCUUUGAAGCGACACGCUUGCGGGAUGAGGCGGUCAUGUGGACCCACUCGACCGGCUUCUUCGAAUAUUACCGGGCUGAAUAUUAUCGUGCGAGUUAAUGGACUGCAGUGAAACUUUGGCAUUUUAUACUUAAAAGUGUCAAAGCGAAGUCUCCUGAUUAGUCCGAGUGCUGACAAGCGAUGGAGGCCCAAGCGGACGACAAGAUGUGUGGGAAACUGAGGCUGGCGUGCGGUUUGUACAAUUACAAGCUGAGGGAUGUCUUCACGUGGGAUCUGCUGAAAACCCUGUUCAUGGGCCAAGUCUUGUCCCUUAUGAUCUGCGGCACGGCGGUAAGCUGCCAGUACCUGGCUGAUGCCGGUGUGGAGACGCCAAUGUUGCAGAGCUUCCUUAACUACGCCCUGCUGCUGCUUUCCUACUCCACAAUACUCUGCACCUACACAGGGGAUCAAAAUUUCCUGCAGGUGCUGAAGACCAAGUGGUGGAAGUACCUGCUGAUGGGUCUGGCUGAUGUGGAGGCUAACUACACGGUCGUCAUGGCCUACCGCUACACCACGCUGACUAGCAUCCAGCUGCUGGACUGCUUCGUGGUACCGGCACUGAUGCUCAUGUCCUGGUUCCUGCUGAAGACUCGCUACAGGCCACUACACUACAUCGCCGUGACUGUUUGCCUGCUUGGCGUGGGCGCCAUGGUGGGCGCCGACAUCCUGGCCGGAAGAGACCUGGGUUCCACCAGCGAUGUGAUGUUGGGCGACAGCUUGGUGCUGAUUAGCGCCGUUCUCUACGCCGUGUCCAACAUGUGCCAGGAGUUCACCGUGAAGAACCGCAGCCGAGUGGAGUUCUUGGGAAUGAUGGGAUUCUUUGGGACGAUCAUCAGUGGGAUUCAACUAGCCGCACUGGAAGUUAGCGCACUCCAGAAAAUCAAGUGGACAUUUCACAUUGCCAUGCUGUUUAUCCUCUACGUGCUGUGCAUGUUUGCACUGUACAGCUUCAUGCCGGUGGUGGUAAAGAGGACAAGCGCCACCGCCGUCAACCUGUCGCUGCUCACUGCUGACCUCUUCAGCCUCUUCUGUGGCCUCUUCCUCUUCCACUACACGUUCUCACCACUGUACAUGAUGGCGUUCGUCCUCAUCAUGAUAGGCUUCGUCACCUUCAACGCCGUGCCCACAUACUCUGCGCAGCCCGAGCCUGACUCCGGCGACUCUUCGGACCAGGAGGCCCGGAGCGCCUCGGACCUCCUGCUGCCAGCUGAUAGAAACGGUCAAAGUCACCUGACGGUGGUCUCUGCGCUCUGACCCCAGAAAAGGAGGAAGAAAGUCUUUCUGUUCUAAGAAAGGCAUCUCAAAUGUUGUCUUCCGUCAUGCUGUUACAAAAACGAGAACAAUCGGUUGUUUACAUUCAUUUCGGAAAAGUUACUGAUCAUUCGUUUUGAUGUUAGUGCUACUAACAUGGUGCUUGUUACUUGCUUCAACAACUAUUUAUGAUCCAGAAUAGUUCUUUUCUGCUGCUAGAUAUUUUCUAUUUUCUGUUUUGUUGCAAUUCUGCAGUUCAUCAUCACUGUGUCAUCUUUUUCUUUUUGAUAUUCCCCUUUCGAAGUAGGCUCAUGUCAAGUGCUUUUUUCUACAUUUGAAAACGUGACUGCCAGUUUUUUUUCCCAAUUGUUAUUUUAUUUGCAUUCGUGUCAAUCAUUUUUAAUGUUGGAAUAUUGAUAAAAUGCAUAAUUUCAGAGAUAUUAA